ACGACACGGAGGAGAGCAGCUGUAGGAUCCAGAUUUUUAAGCUUCUGCAGUCGAAACCCAGUGACAAUACAUCGCCAUUUUGCAAGCUGUCAAGCUACAACCUGCAUUGGUUCCCAAAACUGAGAUUAACUUCAAAGGAACAAGAGACAGUUAUCUGACACGUCUGCUUGAUAACUGCUUUAUACUUUAUAUAUGGCAAUGUGCAGACGACUGUAUAUGAUGAUUUUGUUGCCCAGUUAAAAAAAAAGAACCUUUUAAAAGGGAUUAAAAUAGGAAUCUGUGACUUUUUUAAUUAGUGGCAAUUCCAGUGUUACUUCAGUGUAUCUGCACUUCAUAACUAAAUAUAAAGUGCAUAGAUAUUGCACCUGGACAAAACAGUGUUCCUUCUGUUAAAGAGGGACAAAAGUGCUCAAACAUGGCCUCCGCCACCAUGGAAGUGGCCGACAUCAGCGUUGUAGUAAUCUACUUCAUGCUGGUGCUAGCGAUCGGUUGCUUUGCCAUGCGGAAAGCAAAUAAGAACACAGUGAGCGGCUACUUCCUCGCUGGUCGCUCCAUGAAUUGGGUGACUGUAGGAGCAUCUCUAUUCGUCAGCAACAUAGGAAGCGAGCAUUUCAUUGGACUCGCUGGAUCGGGUGCUGCUAGCGGGUUCAGCGUGGCUGCGUGGGAAAUAAAUGCUCUAUUGUUGCUGCAGUUGUUAGGCUGGAUAUUUAUCCCCGUGUACAUUCACUCCGGAGUCUACACCAUGCCGGAGUACCUGACCAAACGCUUCGGCGGGAACCGACUAAAAGUGUAUUUUGCAGCGUUAUCUCUCGUCCUGUACAUCUUCACAAAGCUGUCCGUGGAUCUCUAUGCCGGGGCGUUGUUCAUUAAGGAAUCUUUAGGGUGGAACCUCUAUCUGUCAAUAAUCUUCCUCAUCGCUAUGACAGCUUUGCUGACAAUCACUGGAGGACUGGUUGCUGUCAUCUACACGGAUACGGUCCAGGCAUUCCUCAUGAUCGCCGGAGCACUCUGCCUUACAGGCAUCAGCCUCUUCAAAGUGGGAGGAUUUGAAGGGAUGAGGACCAAGUACAUGCAGGCUACUCCAAACAUAACUGCCAUCUUGCUGUCUUCACCAAACCUGACGUACUCUGCAUCCUGCCAUCUCCACCUCCACCCGAAGCCAGAUGCUCUGAAGAUGCUUCGGGGCCCGAGGGAUCCAGACCUGCCUUGGCCCGGUUUCUUACUGGGCCAGACUCCUGCCUCUAUUUGGUACUGGUGUGCAGAUCAAGUGAUUGUACAGCGGGUUCUGGCAGCGAAGAACAUCGCCCAUGCCAAAGGUUCUACGAUCAUGGCUGGCUGUCUGAAAAUCCUCCCCAUGUUCAUCAUUGUCAUCCCAGGGAUGAUUUCCAGGAUCUUCUUUGCUAAUGAGUUGGCGUGUAUCAGCCCUGAGCACUGCAUGGAAGUGUGCGGGUCUGCGUCCGGCUGUAGCAACGUGGCUUACCCGCGGCUCGUCAUGUUAGUGAUGCCCGUUGGUCUCCGCGGCCUGAUGAUGGCCGUCAUGAUUGCAGCUCUAAUGAGCGACUUGGACUCCAUCUUCAACUCGGCCAGCACCAUAUUCGCGUUGGAUAUCUACAAGAUGCUACGAAAGCAGGUGUCACCCAGGGAGCUGGUGAUAGUCGGCAGGUUGUUUGUGGUUUUCAUGGUGAUCAUCAGCAUUGCCUGGGUGCCGGUCAUCAUCGAGAUGCAGGGAGGCCAGAUGUUCUAUUACAUCCAAGAGGUAACAGAUUACCUGACUCCCCCCAUAGCUGCUCUCUUCUUGCUUGCGAUCCUGUGGCAUCGCUGCAAUGAGACGGGUGCCUUCUGGGGUGCGUUGGUAGGGUUUGUCCUCGGAGCAGUGCGUCUGAUUUUGGCAUUGGUCUACCGCGAGCCUAGCUGCGACCAGCCUGAUGAUCGGCCAUCUUUCAUCAAAGACAUUCAUUUCAUGUAUGUGGCAGCCAUCUUGUUUUGGGUGUCAGCUUUGGUGACUGUGGUUGUGAGUCUCUGCACUCCUCCGCCCACGAAAGAACAAAUCAGAACCACUACCCUGUGGGGGUUAAACAGGAGAAAGAGACUAAAAGAGCAAGAAAAAGAGAAAGCUGGAGAAGAUAUCACUGCUUUGAAGCCUCUAAACCACGCAAUCCUAAAUGGCAACAGUUCGUUCGUUAAAGAAAAGUGCCAAGACCAUCUCAACGGCAUUGAGGCCAUUCAUGAAAAUACCCAGCCAAGUGAGGCAGUCAUUGCCAGCGACAUAGAAUCCCACAAUCCAAUCCGGAGUGGUUGUCACUCAUCGAUUUCUGACCAUACAAUUGUAGAAGAGGGAGAAGGGAGAGGAGUGAGGCUUGGGGAGGAGGAAUGCUGCCUUGGAGGAGGAGGAGUGGAGGGUGGGAGGUGUUUGAAGGCUUUAGAGUUUUUCUGCGGCUUCCAGGAGAAGCCGUCUGAAGCUCAGGUCCUCACAGUCCAGGAACAUGAGAAGAUCGUGGAUGAGCUUCUCCAUGAAUCUACACGAACCAAAAUCCUCCUGAACACAGGACUGGUGGUGAUUUGCUCUGUCGGGAUCUUUCUUUUUAUCUAUUUCUCCUUAUAGGCUCGUUUAAGUCCAAGCAGUGGGACACGAUUUUCCAGGAAUGAACUGCAGGUAAGCUAUCUUUCAGUUUUCUAUUAACAAUUCAUAAAACAAAGAGCAUUGUGAACAGGAAAACUGUUUUCUUUCAUUAGUCAAAUUGCAAAUUUUAAGGCCUCCUGUAUUCACAGUACAGGCUUCUGUUCGUCCUUUGUCUGUUUCCAGCUAAAUUGGAUCUAGAAACCCAAUAGAUUUGAAAUAUGAUCAGGAUUAAGCUGAGGACCCAACUCUUGAAAAGAGCUUUGUUUUGUAAUAGAACAAAUUAGCAUUAUAAAAUGUAUUUUCUACACUAUAUAUGGUUUAGUUUGUUUUAAACAAGCUAGCUCUUACAACGUGUCCACUCAGGAGUGGAUGGAAUUGCACAUUAAUUCAAACCUGACAACUUUGUGAACUGACCAUCUAGUGUGGACGAUGAAUUGGAAAGAUGCAAAAGUUUAUGGAUGCAGCCGCCCUAAUUCAGACACCGGAAACAGCACUGUCUGAAAUAGUAUUGAUCUUUUUAUCGAGGACAUUGUAUCAAUUAGUGGGGAAUGCACAAGAGUGCAACUUGAAGCCUUUUUUAAAUGUUUUACUUCACAACGUGACGUUUGUACGUCCUUCUGCUGUGUGGGAUGUGUACAUACACUUGGUGCCAUACAGCUAUACGACACCAUUGUGUGUUAUACUGUUAAUGAUCCUAUUAUGUUUUAAUUUUUCUUCUCAGUCUUUUAUAUCUCAAAGGGUAGUUCUUCCCAACACAUCGGAGAGUGCUAGAGAGUUCCGCCAUGUUGUCAUAACACAUGCACAUGAUACAUAUGUUCUGCUCAAACGAAAAGUUAAAAAGUAAGAAACUUGUUCUGAGCUGCACACGAGGAAGUGUUGGGGAAAAAAGCACUUAACGAGAGCUUGUGAUAUUUAUAUUUUAUUUUCUAACCCUGUUAUAGAAGUCAAAGGGUUUCCACUCUUUUCUUUAUGAACAUAAAUGUGAAUUAUGGUGUUAUUGUAUUCAUUUGUAAUAGUAGAUGUGAAAGGGAGUUCUCUCCUGGAUCAAUCCAAAGAAUUGUGUCAUUGUAAAAAAAAAUCAAAAUAACUCGAGGUUUAUUUUUCUCAAUGUGGCUAUUGUGAAGAUUUCUGUUAACGUUUCAUAGUGUGCUUGUAAAGCUUCAUUGUGGGAUUACUUUUGCAUUUUUUAAGAUGUCAUGACUUUAGCAAUGUGCUCCUGCCAACUGAUUCUUUCUUCCCUUAACUGCACAGCACCGACGUUUUCACUGCUGAACUUGAUACCUUCACUCACGGGUAAUGUCUUAACGGAAAAAGAGCAUCAAGUCAAACUGCUUUUUCUGGUCCACUGGCAUAAUUUAAGACGUCAACUUUAACUGUAAACAUACCCAACGUUUUUUUUGGUCGUUUGGUUCAGACUAAAAUAUUUUAACAAGAUGGAUUUGAACAAAUUUCUUCUUCAAACUAACUACUUUAGUUUACAACCAAAUAUCUGCAAUACUGAUGAUAUUCCUGUCAGCCUCUACUUUAAGUGCUAAUAAGCAAAUGUUAGCAUGCAAGCCCGCUAAACUAAGAUGGUGAAAAUGGUUGAUUCUGUAGACGUCCUGCUAAAGCUCAGCAUGUUAGCAUCAUCAUGGUGGGACCAUUGUUCCCCCGC